UCAACAAUUGUGACAAUUUUAUGUGUAUUUUGUAUCAUACAUUCUAAUUAUUUUAAUACGUGUUAUAUGAUAGGAUGGGAAAGAUAGUGAUUUAUUAGACUGUGGAAGUCAAACUAAUUGCUUAUGGGAAUCUUUGGAACGUACUUAUUAUCUACGAUAGCAGUGACCUCGUCAACUACAGCUUGAAGGACUGUCGUGCAAUUUUUUUAGGUAUGUCGGUUUGGUCAGCCAGUACGGUUGGAAAUAAUUACCAUUACGCGCAUCCAGCCAGUCGCGACAGUCAUUCAAAUAAUUGGUGUCCAAACUUAACUAAGCACAAGUGCGUGAUGUCUGGGGAGACGCCAAUACAAACCGAUGAUGCUCUGCAUACACCGGCAUACUUGUCCUGGAGGAAGCUUCAGCUCAGCCGUGCUAAACUCAAGGCCUCAAGUAAAACAUCAGCCUUGUUGUCAGGAUUUGCUAUGGUAGCUAUGGUUGAGGUGCAGCUAAAUCAACCGGAGGAUACGAAAGUGCCGCCCGCGAUGUUGGUAGCGUUCACAGUAUGUACGACAUUACUAGUGGCUGUGCAUAUGUUGGCACUCAUGAUAAGCACGUGCAUAUUACCUAACAUUGAGGCGAUUGGCAAUCUCCACAGUAUAUCACUUGUACACGAAUCCCCACACGAAAGAUUACACUGGUAUAUUGAAAUAGCAUGGGCGUUUUCAACAUUACUAGGUCUUAUUUUAUUCCUAGUCGAAAUAGCUAUACUCUGCUGGGUGAAGUUCUACGAUCUUAGUGUAACAGCCGCUUGGUCGGCAUGUGUAGUACUUAUCCCUGUCAUGAUAGUCUUCCUAGCUUUCGCUAUACAUUUCUAUAUGUCUCUAGCGACACAUAAAUACGAAGUAACCGUCACUGGUAUCAAAGAGUUGGAGUUACUGAAGGAACAGAUCGAAAUGGGUGAUCAUGAUGGUCGAAUGAAUAAUCUAACCUUACUUGAACAAAGUAGAAUUGUUUGAUGGAAUAUUUUGUAUGUUAUAUCGGAUUGUUCUUUUAUAUAUAUAAGUUAGUUACGCUCACAUACAAGUAGCGUUUUUUAUUAAUUAAUCAUUGUUCCAUGAUUUCGCAUUGUAACAAUGCAAUAAUCGAAACGCUACGUACGUUAUCUUUAGAUAUAGUGUAUGUACUUAGAUAAGUACUUAUAAGUGCCAAUUAAUGGUCUUUGCUAUGUUGUAAUAUGGGAAUGUUUUGAUUUUGUUUGUUACAAAAGCUUUAGUUAAUAUGGUAAUGAAAUGACAGUUGAAUCUCCUCAAAACAUUGCAUAGCUUCAAUUCAUAAUUAUCUGUGUUCAAUAUUAAACAAUAUAAAUUAAAAAUAUCUGAUCGUUUUAAAUAUAAUACCAUUCAAUG